CAGACAAACUUGUGUGUGGAGAAACAAUGGUUUGUCUCCCCCCUGCAUACUCUCUGGACUUGAGCUUUCAACCCUGUAAUUUUAUAAGAGCAGAAGUUUUUGUUUCCCAGGGCAAUAGAAGUAUCUUAGUCCUAAGAAAGAAGCAAGAUAAAAGAAGCAAAAGUGUUAGCUGCAAAUCUCUCCCCCAGGACAGCCUUAUAAUUCCAGACUCUCACAUUGCUCCUUCAGAUACCCUUCCUCCUUUGGUCAGUGCAUUGAAAGCCUCAGCUGAAGAAAAUGUUGCCAGUUUUCAUUUUCCAGGGCACAAUAGAGGCCGGGCUGCACCAUCUUCGUUAAGUCAGCUUAUUGGCUUGAGGCCAUUUUCCCAUGAUUUACCUGAACUUCCAGAGCUUGACAACCUCUUUUCUCCCCAGGGACCUAUCUUAAAGGCACAAGAGGAAGCGGCCAAACUGUUUGGAUCAUCUGAGACAUGGUUUCUUGUUGGAGGCACCACUUGCGGAAUUCAAGCUGCAAUAAUGGCAACUUGUUCCCCUGGGGAUUAUUUAAUUCUCCCUCGGAAUUGCCAUAUCUCAGCUAUUUCAGCUAUGGUAUUAUCUGGUACAAUUCCAAAGUACAUCAUCCCCGAGUAUGACAAUCUCUGGGACAUUGCUGCAGGUGUUACUCCCUUACAAAUUGAAAAAGCAAUCAAGGAAUUGGAGAUGGAAGAUAGAAAAGCAGCUGCAGUAUUUGUCACGUCCCCAACAUAUCAUGGCAUCUGCAGCAACUUGGGAGAAAUUUCCAAGCUCUGUCAUUCUCAUGGAAUUCCUGUUAUUGUUGACGAGGCUCAUGGAGCGCAUUUAGGAUUACAUCCCCAGCUGCCUCAGUCAGCCCUCCAACAAGGUGCUGACCUGGCUGUGCAAUCUACUCAUAAGGUUCUCUGCUCACUUACACAAUCAUCGAUGUUACAUAUGUCGGGGAAUAUGGUAGACAGAGAAAGAAUCUGCAGAUGCCUUCAAACUCUUCAAAGUACUAGCCCUAGUUAUCUGCUGUUGGCAUCAUUAGAUGCUGCCAGAGCCCAACUUAGUGAAAAACCAGGAACCAUUUUCAAUGAAGCAAUGGAUUUAGCAAUUAAAGCAAAAUACUGUAUCAAAAGGAUUCCAGGCAUUUCAGUUCUUGAAACACCAACAUUCCCUAAGUUCCCUUUCAUUGAUCCCUUACGGCUUACUAUUGGCGUUUGGCAGCUUGGUCUAUCUGGUUUUGAUGCUGACGAAAUCUUAGAUAGGGAUGAUAGGAUCAUAUGUGAGGUUGUUGGCACCCAAUCUAUUACAUUUUCGAUCAACCUUGGAACUUCUAGUGAGCAUAUCCAGAGGCUUCUAUCUGGAAUACAAAAGCUAUCUGAAUGUUACAUGUCUUCCAAGAGUGUAGAAGAAAGAGUUGAGCAUAGUGAUUCAGCACCCUUGACCGACGUUAAUAUGAUCUUGAAUCCAAGAGAAGCCUUCUUUGCACAAAAAAGGAAAGUAGCAAUAGAAGAGAGUCUUGGGAGGAUUUGUGGGGAGCUGUUAUGUCCAUAUCCACCUGGUAUUCCUGUGAUGAUUCCCGGCGAGAUUAUGACGGAGAAAGCUUUGGACUAUCUGCUGCUUGUUAGAAGCAAGGGUGCAAUGGUCAUCGGGGCAUCUGACCCUCUGCUCUCAUCCAUUGUUGUCUGUGAUGUAUGAGUUAAUUUUUGUCUCAGUGGCAAAGGUUAAAUUUCUAACCACUAGCCAGAAGGUAUGAGUUUAGUGAUCUAACAUUUCAAAGUGGGGAACCCGGUAGCAUGAGUAACUCUUCAAAAUCCAUGUUUUGUAUGUUGAGACCAGAAUAGACGAGAAGAAAAAGUUUGCUCAGAAGUUGUGUCCUCGCGUUGAGAAUGGUCAAUAUAUAUAAUAUUUUUUA